AAACUCUUAUUGUUAAACCAAACAUUGCGCAAUUGAAUAAAGAUGGAUAUAUUGAAUUCAUAGAUAGAACUAAAAUUGAGAAUAUUGAUAUUGUGAUUUAUGCUACCAAAUAUCAAAUUGAAUUCCUGUUUUUAGAUAAAGACAUUGAUCUUAACACCUAA